UUCCCUGCCGGCCAUCUGGACCGAGGCGCGCGCCUGCGUUGGUUCCCGGGCCGCGGCAGUUGGGGAGCCCGCCCGCGUUCCCGGCGCCGGCCGGUGCGGUGGGGGUCGCCGAGUCCGCUCCCAGCAGUCGACGCGGAGCCCGCCAGCGGCCACGGCAGCUCCCAGCAUCACCGCCAUGUCGCAUGAGAAGAGCUUCCUGGUGUCGGGGGACACCUAUCCAGGCCCGCAGCCUCCGGUGCCCCCUGGCUACGUCCAGGCUCCGUAUCCAGUGGCCCCCCACCCACAGGGUCAGUUCCAGCCUGCACCUUAUGGCCAGACCGGCUAUCCGCCGAACCCCUACCCAGUUUCUCCCUACCCCCAGGCUGGGCCCUAUGGACCUUAUCCACAAGCCGCAUACCCUCAAGGGCCGUACCCCCAGGGCCCCUAUGCACAGCCGCAUCCUGGAGCACCUAUGAGCCCACCUGGGCCGAUACACAACUACCACCAUGAGGACGGUCCACCUUCUUACUAUGAGAAUGAGGGCUUCACCCCCAGCAACUGGGACGACAAGAACAUCCGGCAGGCUUUCAUCCGCAAGGUUUUCCUGGUGCUGACCAUCCAGCUCUCUGUGACUUUCUCCUUUGUGGCCAUCUUCACCUUUGUGAAAGACGUGAAGGGCUUUGUGCGCAAGAAUGUCUGGACGUACUACGUCUCCUAUGCGGUCUUCUUCAUCUCCCUCAUCGUCCUGAGCUGCUGCGGGGAGUUCCGGCGGAAGCACCCAUGGAACCUGAUAGCCCUGUCCAUCCUGACGUUGAGUCUCUCCUACAUGGUGGGCAUGAUUGCCAGCUUCUACAACACGGAUGCCGUCAUCAUGGCUGUGGGCAUCACGACUGCUGUGUGCUUCACUGUCGUCAUCUUCUCCUUGCAGACCAAGUACGACUUCACCUCCUGCCGUGGAGUGCUGAUCGUCUGCCUGAUGGUCCUGUUCAUCUUCGCCAUCCUUUGCAUCUUCAUCCGGAACCGCAUCCUGGAGAUCGUCUAUGCAUCUCUUGGGGCCCUGCUCUUCACCUGCUUCUUGGCGGUGGACACCCAGCUGAUCCUGGGGAACAAGCAGCUCGCCAUCAGCCAGGAGGAAUAUGUCUUUGCGGCCCUCAACCUCUACACGGACAUUAUCAACAUCUUCCUGUACAUCUUGGCCAUCAUUGGCCGUGCCAAGGAUUAGGCCGUCUCCAGCCCUUUCCUCCCUCACAGCCCCCUCCCCAGUUUUGUUCUCUUUUCCCUGUGGGCUUGGUUGGUGCACUGGGGUCGAGGUCCUGAUGCUCCUGUGGAAGGCGGCACCGCAAGGUGGCAGCGGUGGGCACUCCUCUUUGGUCUGUCUGUCCAGAGCGAGGAAGGGAAGGGAUUCACGCCCUGCAUCUCUUGGGUGACCCCGAGUUGAGGAAGGGGUGUAAAUAUGCUGCUGUUCUUGUCCACUGCGUUUUGUUCUAGAAAUGUCUUAUUUCAUUUUGGGAACUCUCCUCCUCCUCCUGGGCCCAGGAGCACCCGCUGAGUCCCUCCGAUGCCCACCAUGGUCUUCCUUCCCCUUGCUUGCUGGGCAUGACCUUCCCCACUGGCUCCCCCUGGCCGUCCCGGGCAGAGUGUUUCACCCUGGGGGGAGGCUGUGGGUGUUGGGCAGUAAAGGGGAGGGCUCUCUCAGUCCUGAGAGUGCGCAGCUCAAGGUCUCUCUCUUGGCACCUCCAUGUUGGGGUCUGCCGAGACCUUUUGACCAGGAUGUUGAUGUUACUUGAGGACACUUUCCUCUCUCUUCUUCCCUCCCCCCCCCACGUGGCUGGCUUUGGGGGGCUUGAAAUGCCGCAUGCUGAGCCACUGCCACUCUGCCCCCAAGGCCAGCCUCUGCACUAAGCUGUAUAAAUGGCAGUCUAAUAAAAGUCAGAAUAUGCCCACA